AUGAAAUUCCGCGAUGGCAUGUGGCUUGUUGCUGAAGGCAAAACAGUCCAAUACGCCGAAGACAUCUACACAGUAACCUCAAGGCCUGAUGGGAAAGCCCUAAAUCUGCUGUGUCCCACCCGCCGCAUCUUUUCCCGCGGCGACACUUUGAAUCUGGCAACUUUGAAUGUCGAGAUUGAAGCUCAAUUCGACGGCGUUAUUUCCGUCGAAGUCACGCACUUCGCAGGUGCCAGAAAGCUUGGUCCAAACUUCGACCUGUACCCCGACGGCAAGCCAGAAAGCUCCGCGAGCAUCAGCAAGAUCGAAGCUGUCGGUACAACCAUCACCAGCGGGAAUCUCAGGGCGACCGUAGGCCCAGACCCACACGCGUUCGACAUCCGAUUCCAUGACACAGAGACCGGAGCUGAAGUGACCUCGCUUCUGAAUAGAAGCGUUGGUUUUGCAUAUAGCCCUGCGUUGAGCAAUCCAAAACAAGUUUCAGAGUUAGGCAGUAACGGAAUUUCUCAUCACAUUUUUGCACAAACUCAACUUGGAGUGGGUGAGAGUAUUCAUGGCCUUGGGGAGCGAUUUGGAGCCUGGAACCGUGUCGGCCAGAAUAUUGAGGUUUGGAACGAAGACGGCGGAACGAGUUCGGACCAAGCGUACAAGAACGUGAGCUUCUGGCUUAGUUCGGCUGGCUAUGGCAUAUUCGUGGAUACGCCAGGCAAGGUCGACUUGGAGAUCGGGAGUGAGAGGUGUUCUCGAGUACAAAUGGCUGUGGAAGCGCAAAGGCUGAAAUGGUAUAUCAUCUAUGGACCCAAUCCAAAGACAAUACUUUCGAAGUACGCCCGUCUAACAGGCUUUCCACCACCUGUUCCGGCCUGGUCCUUCGGCCUCUGGCUCUCCACCUCCUUCACAACAUCUUACUCCGAAGCCACCGUAUCGAAUUUCCUCACUCAAAUGCAAGAGCGCGCUAUUCCGGUCGAAGUCUUCCACUUCGACUGUUUUUGGCUUCGGGCUUUUCAUUGGUGUGACUUUGUCUUCGACACUGAACAGUUCCCCGACCCGGCCGGUCAGAUCAAGAGACUCAAGGAAGCAGGGCUGGUUAACAAGAUCUCGGUUUGGACGAAUCCGUAUGUCGGCCAAGCAUCUCCGGUCUUUCAGUAUGCCGCAGAGAAAGGCUACCUCGUCCGCCGCACAAACGGGGAUGUCUGGCAGUGGGACCUGUGGCAAACCGGCAUGGGCCUCGUAGACUUCACGAAUCCUGCCGCAGUGUCUUGGUACGAAUCAUGCAUCGAUAAACUUUGUGAUAUCGGUGUGGACUGCAUCAAGACUGACUUCGGAGAACGCAUACCCACAAAGGGCGUGAAGUGGUUUGACGAGAGCGUCGACAACGAGCGCAUGCACAACUGGUAUGCGUUCAUCUACAACAAAACCGUAUAUGAAACCCUCCAACGACGGUAUGGCAAGAGAGAAGCAGUUCUCUUCGCAAGAACAGCAUGCGCUGGGACCCAGCGAUUCCCUCUAUGCUGGGGCGGCGACUCCGAAUCCACGGCCCCCGCCCUCGCCGAAUCUGUCCGCGCCGGCCUCUCCCUGGGCCUCGCCUCCUUCGCGUCCUGGUCCUGCGACAUCGGCGGCUUCGAGGGCUCGCCACCGCCCUGGCUCUACAAGCGCUGGGUCGCCUUCGGCCUCCUCUGCUCGCACAGCCGUCUCCAUGGCUCCAACUCCUACCGCGUGCCCUGGUUUAUCGACGACGACUCCCAAGAACCCGAGAACGCGACCGCAGUACUGAGAUCCUGGGUGCAGCUCAAGCGCCGCCUAAUGCCGUAUAUCUACGCACAGGCGGUUGAGAGCUGGGCGAAUGGGUGGCCGAUUAGCUUGAGGGCUGUGGCUCUUGAGUUCUCGGAUGAUCCGACGGCGUGGCAGUGUGAUAGGCAGUUCAUGGUCGGCUCGCAGAUUUUGGCGGCGCCGGUGUUUACGGAGGGGGGUGAUGUGCAGUUCUAUCUGCCGAAGGGGCGCUGGACGAACUAUUGGAGUGGGGAGGUGAUUCAGGGGCCGGGGUGGAAGAAGGAGCAGCAUGGGUUCUUGACGCUACCGCUGUUUGUGAGAGAGGGAACGGUAUUGGUGCUUGGUAAAGAAGAGGGCAAAGGCGGGUUUGGGUAUGAUUGGUUGAAUGACGGUGGAGAGGUGAGGCUUUAUGGGGUUCAAGAGGGCAGCAAGACGGCCUUGGUGGAUAAGGAGGGGAAGGAGGUUGGAGAUUUGGUGGUAGGGAAGGAUGGGAAGGUGAAGGGGUUGGAGCAUUUGACGGGAGAAUGGAAUGUGGUGAAGGUUUCGUAG